UUCACCGACCCAGGGGCCCCCAUCAAGCACAGACCUGCCCUGCGUGCGGGUUUAGCUCGGGAGGCGCACGGAGAGCCGAGCAGCCUUCACUCCAUCUCACCGGUAAACCGACACCUGUCCGCCACCUUCCCCGCCUCCUCCCUCCUGUGUGUGCCUGUUGGAGCUAACGUUACUUCAGUCUUCCGGUAUGAAGGACAACCAACAGGUGAAGCCAGCGGCUCCGGACCCACGCGACACGCCGACGAGCUUCGAGGUGACAAUCCAGCAACUCAAUGAUCUGUUGACGGACGACAGCGGCUUGUACAGCUGGCCGACGAAACACUUCCAUGAGGUUUACCCGAGGAUCUACGUCGGCAAUGCGUUUGUGGCCAUGAACGUGAUGCGUCUCAAGCGCCAGGGCAUCACCCACAUCCUUAACGGCGCAGAGGGAAACUCCUUCAUGCAUGUUGACACCAACGCUGAGUUCUAUGCCGGCACAGGCAUCACCUACCACGGCGUAGCAGCCAGCGACACGGACCACUUCAACAUCAGUGUUUACUUUGAAGAGGCAGCAGACUUCAUCGAGAAGGCGCUGGCAUACAAAAAUGGAAAAGGUAAAGUGUACGUCCAUUGCAGGGAAGGCUACAGCCGCUCACCUACCUUAGUCAUUGCUUACCUGAUGCUUUGCAAAAGCAUGGAUGUCCACACCGCUCUGGCCAUGGUGCGGCAGAAAAGAGAGAUCGGCCCCAACGACGGCUUCCUUCUGCAGCUCUGUCAGUUAAACCAGAGGCUGGCUGCUGAGGGAAAGCUCUGGAACAAAUGAGGCGGGCAAGGAAGAAGAUAGACCGUCCGUAAGAGAGAACUAAAGUACGCUCACUUUGUUUCACUUGUUCUACAGCUUUAGUGGACGAUAGUGGAAAAUGAAAGAGAUUCUCUCUUAGACUGAGGCUGACAGCACUGAGUGUUUGUAUAGUACAACAUAAUACACACACACACCUUUGACACUUACAUUUAGUAUUUGAUGUGCUGAUCAUACAAUGCAAUGUGUAAAUCCAGGUGCACUGCUUUCACUAAGUGUGUAUAUUCUGAAUAUUAGAUUUAUCUCGGUUCAGGAUUUUUAUUUUUUUAUUUUAUGUCCUUUGGUGUGUUUUCCUGCUGCUCACUAUUCCAGAGAACAAUAUCAAAGUAUGAAUGGAAUGUUACUAGAUGUGAUACUGUGAGCGCCUUCUCUCGUGCAGCCUUCUGUCCUUUCCACCUCUCGUCCUCCCUCCCCGCAUAGUGCCCUUUGUCUUGGCUUCACUCUCAGUCCCAGCCACUGCCACGCGGUGGAGACUGUGAUUUUUCAUAUUGAAUCAGAUUUCAGGGUGGAUGAUAUUACAAUAUCAGAAACAAAUUCUGAGCUGUAUUACACUCUACCUGGAAAGCUGGAAAUGAACAUUUUAUAUCCCAUUUGUUUAAACCACCACAAAACUAAAAUGUGCUAAGCCUCCGAAAAACCAUAGCCUAUCUUGGCAGUUUUGCAUAAGAUCAAUCAAACAAGAUAUAACAUGUUGAUUAGGCAUCUGAUCUUUAUGCUGUGUCAGAACCAGCCAGGAACUCAGAUCCAGAGAAAUAUUUACACCCAGAUACGGAGGACAAGACUAGAGAAUCUUCUGGACCUUCUGACACUGAUGACAGUGAUGAUUGGAACGGGACCAUAGAACCUCUGUCAGUUUAAACUCUGUCAAAUGUUGUUGUAUUUGUGUAAACUUUAUUUGUAUAGCACCCUUCAUACAAGAAUUGCAGCCCAAAGUGCUUCACAGCAAAAACAUAAAAAUGAGUACAAAAUUACACCAAACACAAAGGGAAUUUUCGGCCUCGUGUUGCUCGCCCAAGUUUGACCGUGGGAUCAUUGCGUUUAUUUACGUUACUUCACUGCAGCGGCAUGAACCCACAAUAAACAGAUUUAGCUGUGAUUUAAUUGCAAUAAACGGAUCAAAAGGAUGACGAAAUAACUACAUCGUGAUGCCGAUUUGUAAAAAGUCUAAAUGUAUGCGUUGUCAGGUCUCUCCGUUAGACGACAAGCAUACAUUUUUUUUAAAUGCUUUUUUUCUGAAUGGAGUUUGGAUCGAUCAGGGAUGUGCAAUGCCAACAACACGCGUAUUCUCGUCAUUCGCGUUGCGUAAUUUGACUGUAUGUAAUCGCACCGCACACAGCCAGGAGAACAGGUUGCUGUUUUUUGCUGCUUCAAGUGUUUGUGCUUGUUUCUUGUGGAGCUCUUCUCAUUCUUAAAUAUGCCGUGUAAUUAUAUGACCUGUGACUUUAUGCCAACAAGUCCGGAGAGUGGAACCAAACCACUAAAGCCUAGAUUGUAAUUUCAACACUGCCAGAAUGUGAGAUAUGUUUGCCAGUACUUUACACAUUAUUGGAUUACUUCACAGUCGUCCCCUUUUGCAUGUUAACAUGUUAACAUACAUGUUAACAUGUACUUUUGUAUGUUAACAUGGAUGCGUUUUUGUCAUAGUAUAUGUAGUUUUAUAUUGUACAGCAGCAUGUUUUGUAAUAUAAGUGUUUGUGCCAAAAUGUUGGUUAUAUUCACCGUAGCACAGGUAUGUAUAUUUAAUGAGUCAUAGUCUGCUUUAUUAUGUGUGCAUUGUUUGUCACAAUGUGCAUUAUUAAGACUGUAGCUUGUGAAUCAUUAUGCAUUACUCAGUAGGAUGUGAUGUAAUUGGCCAUGUCAGUAGGCUUUCAUUGAGUCUCACAGAUUACAAGACUGCUUAUAUGAAGCGUAAUUUAUCUAAUGACACUGGGAAUUGUUGUAACUUUUUGCAUUCAUUCAGUAAUAAACUGAAAAUGACUGGCAGAUGUUUUUGAAAGACUUUUCUUUUUUAUAACAAACUAUUGAUUGCUGUGAUGCCAUUCAAAACAUACUGAGCUUCAGACAAAAAUAAGUGGAUUGUUGACUGAGGCCACUUUCUAAUAUGAUUUCACUUAACAGUAGUUUACCUCUAUUACUUUGAAGAUUUAACACUCAAUAGUAUACUGCCAUACUAAGGCAGAGAGCAGUAAAUACAGAAAAACAUGUAUUGAGAAAAAGUCUCAAAGGCUCAAGUUUUCAGACUGACUGGGUACACUUUAACAUAUAAUUACUGUAGGAUGUAAUGUCUUCAUGUUAUGUAUAGGCUAUGUAGACAUUUUGACAUAGACCUUUAUAAAAAGUUCAGGCAAAAUGUCUUUUCUAUCUGCAAUUUAGCCACACCAGAUCAUGAAUUCAACCUAAGUCAAACGCUGACAUGGCGGUUGCUCUGCUAAGCUAGGCUAGUAGCCUAACCCUUUUUCUUAGCAUUUAGUAUUUACCGUCUUUUAGAUUUAGCUGCUGCUUUAGGGCUAACAACGUAACAUUACCAUGAUAUUAGCUUAUUGACAUCGAUGUAUUUCAACUACAGGUCACAGCUAGGUGGCAAAGGUAAAAGUAGCUUUAGUCAAAGCUAGCCGUGACUAUCUCACCAGCUAGCUUUAACUGGACUUUAGCUUGCUUGCUUUAGCUGUAUUAUCCCAUGGCCCUAUGUUCCCCUGCUUAAUAUGCUUGUAAUAUGACACAUUUAAGAGACGUUUCAAAGGGUUUUAUGUUCUCAGCAAUGUUUGUUUAUAGUGGUUAAAUGUUGAAAUCAUCCACCUACAUCUUUCAGCCUAGCCUACUGAUGUUAUACUUUUUGAAACCUGUAGCGCCCUCAUAUUUGCAGACAUGUUUUUUCAUUAAACAUUGAUAUCUCCA